AUGACCGAUCAACCGACAAGUAGUGUUGAAUGGUCAAAUGAAAAGUGCCUACUGUUGAUAUAUUUAUACAAAGAAUCGACAAAUCUUUGGAACACCAAACACAAGGACUAUAGAAAUCGAUACAUAAGACAAGAUAGUUUGCUAGAAAUUAGCAAACAUAUGGAUACGUCAAAAGAAGAAGUUGACCGAAAAUUAAAAAAUUUAAUUUGUCACUUUUGGUGUGAAGUAAAAAAAGUUAAGCAACAGCGUUCUGGGGAUGGUGCUGAUGAAGUUUACUGCUCCAAAUGA